AUGCCAACAUGUCCAGGAAAUAGUACCGACUGCCUAUUGGGCGAGCUUGUGGACCAAGGCCGCGGCUUUGAUUGGAACCUCCUCAACUUUGCCUUCACUGCCAUUCUUAGCAUUCUCGCUUUGCUGGUCGCAUCGCUUGCGCUGCUACAAGGCUUGCUUGCCGCUGGGCCAGGAAGACUGAAAGCGAGUCAGAAUGUGCUUGGGUCUACCUACGGCAGGACGGCGCGGACGCGCUUCGAUUGGACAGAGUGGAGGUUCCGCACGACGGUCCAAGUUCCAAUCAUCGAUGUCCCGCAAAUCAUCUCAGCAUCGCCACUGUCAUUGCCCGUGCACCACCCUCCACAGCAGGUCUCUGGCAUGAAGAGGGUCUGGAAAUCUUUCAUCCUUUGCGUACAAUGCUUGGCCCGUCAAGACCGAGCUGCUGCCGAGGACCAUGAAAAGCAUGACGAGCCUCAUCAAGACUCCGACAAGGCGUCACGAAGGCGGCGGAAGCGGCACAUCUUGCCCUUGUUCAAUCUCAAGCACCAUGCUCGGGACAUUAAAGCAAGGAUUACAGACGACUCUGCUGAUAGCGAAGAUGUAUCGGCAAGCUGGGCGAUGCUGCUAUGGCAUGUCGACCUUGCCGCGGUCAAGCUGCGAACGCGAUAUUGCAAAACCGAUCAUUUGCCUGCAGACGUCCCGGCAGCGCCUGCAUUUGCAACUAUCGAGGCCCUCAUUAUUUUGGCGGUGCUUGCUGGAUGUACAUCUUACUACGUCCGGCAAGAUCUUCCCCUGGUGAAAGGUCCGCAGGUUCAAAUGGUGUUCAGACAGCAUCCCAGCCUCGGGCUAGUAGCGACUUAUCAGAGCUACAAAGAGCGCCUUGGAACAAAUUCUCCUCGCUUGGAGCACACCCGUUGGGCCUGUGUGGAAGCACUUGGCCACAUUCGUUAUCUGCAGCAGCCCUUUCUGGAGAUCAGAUGUCUUCCCAAGGGUCAGAUCGACGUGAGGACUAACCUGAGCUUCCUCCUUGAUGUGUUGCAGUUACAGUUGCAAACCCGUUGCAAUCAUGUCUCUUGCGCUAACCACAUCAGAGAUAUAGGGUCGUGGCCGCGGUUUCUGGUACAGCACAACAGCUAUAUACAGUCGAUGCUGUUGGUAUUGCUCUUUGCCGAUAGACCUCGGGUCAACUUGUUGUUCCCGCUGAGACUGUUCCGUCAGUACGAACAUGUGCAUUUGCUGAUAAGAAGCAGCCCGAGCUGGCGUGAUGAUCCUCGAAGCGUGAUCGAGGCAUUAAAAGUCUUGCCUGCAAGUGGGAAAAGCCUCCUCCUAUUCAGGUGCCAUACAUCACGCCGGCAAGUUGCCAUCGACGCUCAGCAUUCCAAAAUUGAAGCUCACCACCUGAGUCUUGGUAAAUCUGGCGUGGAAUCCCAACCGCUCAUAGACGACGAUUUGACGGGCAAUGCUCAGCAAACUUGGUUCGGACCUGAAGUCUUCCCCGGUCAAGGUGUUCCGCUGAAAGACUUCCCUCUUCACCCCAGCCAGUUCUUUGGAUAUCCACCAGAACAAGAGCAAAGGUCACUAUCCGCAGCGGAUGGUGACUUACUGGUAUCCGCCGACACACUGGAUCUGUGCUUUCACUGGCGUGACGGUGCUCAAUAUAUUAACGAUCUUACCGUGCCUGAAAAGACCGAGGCCCGCAAAUGGCUUGCCUGGCAAUUAGCCACCAUCGAUUGUUGGUUGAGAUCCUUUGGAGGCCAGGAUUCCUUGUGCGCUGCGUUGAAUUUACUGGCCAAGCUACGUGUUACCGCGAAGGACGUGCUGACGGUCAGAGAUGGCCCUCCAUAUCCUCGACUUGCAAUUCUGGACAGCGAACGGUUACAAGACUCACCAUCGCCUGCAGAUGCAAACCUCAAGUUGGAUGAAAUCACCGAUGAUGACCGUAAGAAACAGCUGGUACUUUACAGUGGUAGAGGAGACAACGUUUCCCGAGGAGAAGCUCACCCAGACUUUGCCUAUCUCUACGAUUCAAUCCCAGCAGACAACGAGAACGCUGCUCAGCUCCUUCUUGAGUGGAACACAGACGAGGGGCAGUCGGCUUCGACUGAGGAGACUGACCCUGCUGGGCAUCGCGUGCGGGAGCCACGCGAGGACGAAGACUACGUUAUGUCACGCUUCACAAAGCACAUGGGGCGUUGUGCUCGAUGCCCAGAUCUCUAUGAGAUGCAUCUCCAGCAAGGUGCGGCGCUCUGCGAUAGGGGCUGGAGCUACGCCCGCGAAGUCGCAAGAUAUAUAUAUCCACACAACGGGAAGCCAUUCUCGGUCAUCGACAGAGAGGAGGGCGAUGAAGUUGAGUUGGAGCUUGACGAAGACAUCUCAGAGUUGAUCAGAGCCUUGCUGUUCGCCAUGGAACAUGGUCUGUGGGUCGAGCUCUUUCGACGUGGCACGGACGCGUCUUCAGCACCUCCGGGCCCAGGUAUCGCAUCGUCAAGUCGGCCGAUGUCUCCUGGAAGAGGUAGAGAGGCAUCAAGGCCACCAGCUGAUGGUGGAGGAGCAAAGCGUGAGCAAUCGAGGGAGAGAGUGAGACAACCAACUGAACCGAUCUGGCAGCCUCGGGAUCGCCUCGAGGCUAUGGAAACUCUGCUCUUGUUCCGCGGCAUUCUGUACGCUGCGCUGGCUAGCACGGCGAUAGACAGCAGUGAUAUUCUGGAGAUGAGGGAUCGAGAUGAGAUUGUACAAGUCUUGUAAGUAACGAGAAUAUAUCCCUGUGAGUAUAUAGAUUGAACACUAUACGUCGUCUCACCGGAA